CAUGGAGGCGUCCUUGCUCGUGGCUCCCAAGCCUUCCAUGCCCAGGACCAUCUUCUCCGCCAGGCGAGCCGGUCGGAGUUGGAGGUGCCUCGUCGUCGCUGCCACCAUCAAGCAACAACUCGGCACACGGUCAGAAAGUGUGGACGUCGAUGCGCCGGUCGAGCACCUAGCGCCGCCUUCGAAGGCGACGACGGGAGCUCGCGGCGGCCUGCUCGCCGCCGUGGCGACGACGACGAGCAGCUGCACGGCAGUGUUACCGUGUCACGCCUUAUCAGGCGCCGGAGCGGUGGAAUCGGGACCGUGGUGGUGGACGUCGCCGCUGGACACCCUGUACCGCGCGGCGGCGGUGCUGGGCGACCUGGACCCGGCGACGGCGCGGGCGGUGGCGGGCGUGGCGGGGCCGGUGCUGUCGGCGUUCGGCUUCCUGUUCAUCCUGCGGAUCGUCAUGUCGUGGUACCCGAGGCUCCCCGUGACGGAGUUCCCGUACGUGGUGGCGUACGCGCCCACGGAGCCGUUCCUCGCCGUCACGCGCAGGGUCAUCCCGCCGCUCGGCGGCGUCGAUGUCACGCCCGUCGUCUGGUUCGGCCUCGUCAGCUUCGCCAGCGAGAUCCUCGUCGGGCCACAGGGCCUGCUCGUUCUCCUCUCGCAGCAGCGCUAGCGACCACUGCGUUUCUGCUUCCAUUCCUUCGAUGAACAAAUUAGUAGUCAUUUUUACAAGGGCACACUUCGUGCCAUAUCCAUUUGAUUUUAAGAUGAUUUUAGGUUGUCUUCAGCUAUCGUGCCCUUAAUUAUAUAUUGGUACGCUAUUCCUAUAUAUUUCGCAUGCCUAAAUUUUAGAAGAAGAAAAAUUAUUGUACCACCAAUUAGUAUAAAUAAUUUAUCAUUUUUAUGGCUU